AUGCCUUACAACACCCGCCGGAAGUCGCUGUCGCUGCCGUCGCUAGGCAUACAGCUACCAGGAGGACCGCGAUCCGCCCGUUCACCGCCUUCCACAAGCGACGGUCAACAACACGUCGCGAAGAAGCAGAAACGCUCACAUUCCGGCUCACUAUCUUCGGCACUCCCAUCCCCAUCACGACCAGUAUCAUUGCGCUUUGAUGAGCACCGACCCAGAAGCUCGGGCAGGGUCGCAGACACCCCGCCACCUUCGCCAGGCACCGAGUCUGGGUCAACAAAGGUCGACACCCAAGGUAUCGACGACGAAAUCGUCGUGGGUGUCAUCGAGCAACUCCAGAAGACCGGCAACCGACCCCACUUAUUGAAGGAGCUCGCCCUUGUGCUGUCGCCUAUCAUCCCCAUCGUUGAGAGUUCCGCAAAUCCAGCUGCCAUCAUCUCAUCUCGCCUGGCUACUUAUCUCAAGCGCAAUUGGACAGCCUUGUCAAGAUGUCCUCUCGACAAGAAACUUGUUGGCACCCACCCAAAGCGUGUUUACUACUUCCUUUCCACCUGCCCGCACCAGCCCAUUCCUGCCGAUGGUGGUAGCGCUCUUGUUACGCCCCGUAUUGUAACACCAUCGCUUUCGUCUGCGACUUCAGAAGAAGAAGACAUGGAUGCACGAUCACGAGAUCGCAUGUCGCCGUCGCCAGAGUUGGACUUGUCCGACUAUGACAGCCACGCUAGCGACCCCUUCUCGAACCAGAGCCAUCCACCUACGACGGCCAACAUCUCGCACAACCGCCGGGCUCAGUCACCGCCAUUAGAAAAGGACGAACGCGAAUUUACCCAGACCGCUUCGUUCCUUCAACAACGCCGAAUGAGCCAAGAAGCCGAGCGCCAACGAUCUGCUAGUGCAUCUGCCGAGCCGCCUACACAGAGCAAUGAUGCCAAGAUGGAGGAGAUCGCUGUCUCUGUCGAGGAGACAGUAGAGAGUGCUGCACGCAAAGAUUCCGAAGCAGCUGCAGCGCUAUUCGGCCAAAUGGACCAGCUUAUGAACUUCCAUGCUGCCCUCUCACCCAACAGCCCCGCGCUGAAGCCCAUUCUCGCUCUCGAGAUGCCUCCACCGUCGCUGAAGCGCAAAGAGAUGAAACUCGAGCUCGACGACGACUGGAUCAUGAAGAGCCCGGAGCUCAUUGACCUUGACGAGCUUGACGACCUAUUUGGUGGCUAUUAG